GCCCAUGCUGAAAAAGAAGAAGACUACUGGGGCUCUGUACUCCAGAGUGAUGAGAUCAAGAUGAAUGUUUUUGGAACUGAUGAUUUCAAAAUUGUAGGGCUUCGUAAAGGUUAGGAGUGCAAAGAAAAAUGCAUGGUGCCUACAGUGAAACAUGGUGGUGGUAGUGUUCUUCUGUGUGGCUGCAUGAGUGCUGUUGGGGUUGGGAAAACUGCAUUUCAUUUAUGGUAUUAUGAAUUCAUAGAUGUACUGCUCUAUAUUGAAAGAGAAGUUUUCCAACAUGACAAUGAUCCAAAACACACAUCUAAGGCCACUAUUGCAUUUCUG